AUGUCAACUAGUAUCCCACUUGAGGUGAUCGAUUGUAUCCUUGACCAUGUGGAUAAUGCAUCCUUGGUUCAACUAUGCGGAACGACCCGUAAUUUUCGUACAGCAGCAUUACCACGUCUAAUUCGGCAAUUCCUCUCUGGUAUUCAUAUACGCUUAUGGAUUGAGCAACAUGGCCUUAUUGGUCAUCGACCGCUCGAUUUUGUAUGGGAGGCCAUUAGCGAUGUCAAUAAUCGGCUUGUCUUUAUUCCGAGCAAGCGAUCGCAGGAGACCAUGUGCUCUUUUUCAACAUACGACAAAGAUACCUGUUCUCCAAGCCCAUCACCCUUGAUUGAUGGCCUGACAAUGGUUCUACCUGAUACCAAGACAAUGAAACGCAAAAUUGAAAGCACGGCAUACCAAAAAGAUGACCGGAUAUCUAUCGCCCUGAUGACUAAUGAAUAUACAAAGAAGGAAUACCAUGCCACAGCUAAACAUCCUUCUUGGUCGUUGCAUUAUACCACUUGGAUUGAUCCCAUUGACAACAAGCAAGUUCUUUGCCCUCAAUCAUUUGAAUGUGAUUGGAGCCUACCAUUGAAUAUGUCUCUCAAGUCAUCAUCAUCAUCAUCAUAG